UACGGAAGUGUACCGGAAGGUACAGUACCGUGAUUUACGAGUGCUGUUCUAUCCAACUAGAAGAUGUAUCGCACCCUUCUACUUCCAAGGGAUUCCAAGGGAAGAAGUACCGGGUAACGUCUCAACCAUAGACUGUAUGAGUCGUARCAGUUGUCUUGCCAAGUACACUAAACCAUUCUGGUCAGUGUUGAGUGCCUUURCAUUGCCAAGGCCGCCUCUUCUAUCUCCACAAGCAAUAUCAUUCUUCCAUUCAUUCGAACCGUUUGUAACAAAGACAAAAAGAUUUGUUUGUAAAGAAAUCAUUGCAGCGUCGAGCAUCAACAACUACUGAGYKUUCGUGUCAUUUCGAAGAAUCGCGUCAGCACAAUCAUUUCAAUCCAAAAGGAAAGGGUGUCGAGUGAUUAUAAAAGGCGAAAAGUAAAAUGGAGGAUGUAAGUCUGAGUGGWUUUUGUUUCGKUUGCGUUSCUCCUGAUCUAAACGAGCCGAUAUUCAAUUUGACAUAGAUUCCUCCCGCCUACACCGCAUCGUACUAAUUAUUCUGUUCGUUUGCCGCGGAAAUUCGCGUCGUCUCGAAACCAAAUCAUUUCUGUACACACUCCAUUAGGAACAACGCUGCAUGGCAGAUUUGCCACCUACAAGGGAGCUGAUUGGUUUGAAGCUUCCGUUUGGUGCUUGGGAGCCCGAUACUCUCAUCACGGACACGUAUGGAAACCCUAUAUUUUCAGUGCUCGACGUCCAGCACCAGGCAAUGGGAGCUUUUGAAGCUAUAUUCGGCGACGAAAACGGACACAAGCUUUGUUACGUGAAGCGACGACUCAUCACAAAACCAGCGCUGGACGGUUGGGAUUUUUGUACCUAUGCGCCAAACUUUCCAGAUCAACCAAAAUACAAAGAGCGAGAUAUGUAUGGGAAGUCGGUGUAUCCUUUUUCGUUCCUUUCCAUUCGUCCCAUGAAGUGCCGAUAUGCAUACUCUGUCCACAACGAAGAUAUGGAGCGAGUGGAUACGCUACUCGAGGCGAUGCACGGCUGGCUGGGGACCAUGACCGUAUGUUGCACCCCGAUGGUUCGCUUUGGAAAAUGGCAACUCGAUUUCCACCGGCCUGGAGCUGGAGAUCCCGAAAUCAACAUAGACCAGUCGAAGAAUUUGCUCGAAGUCGAGCGUGGGAACGAUUUGUUGGCCGCACUCUGUAUAGCAUACGCAUUCGACAAAGCUUUAUGUCAGCCCAUGGUCACAAUUGUAGGGUACGCAGAAAAAGAACACGUGGACGACGACGAUGACGAUUCGUUGGAAGACUUUGAUCCAGCUGUAGUAGCAUCUAGUUCCAAGCAUCUAGUAUCUCAGAGCUAUCGCUCUCUCAAUAGUGGUGGUUAUGCUAAAGACGGCAGCAUUAGGGACUUAAAYAAGGGUGACAUUGAUGGAUAUUAYGAAGAGUACCCUGAUGAUGAUGAAGAUGGGGAUGGYUAUUAUGAUGAAAAUGGUGAAUACAUUGGCUACGAUAAUAAUGGUGACUACGACGGUGAAGGUGGAGAAUACAAUGAAUACGGGGAUUAUUACAAUGAAGAGUACGAUGACGAUGCAGAAGAUGAAUCUGUUGAUUCGGCAGACGAGAGCUACGAAGAAUAUAUCAAGAGAAGAAGAUAAUUGAGAAAUUCAAGGUACCAAUAUACUGUGCUACAGACAGAAAAGUGUUCACGGAAUACACACAAAGCCAUUGAAUACUGUAUUACUACGGAUAUCAUAACAAGUGAUCGCGGCACUAAGAAAGUGGUUCCUAUCAUUAAUUUAAUGAUGUCAUCAUUAUUUUUCAGUACAAAAUCUACAGAGCUAUACCGUACUGAGUGUUGCUCCCCAAAAUCUUCAGCAUUCAGCAUGAUUUGCCUUCUGAUAAAGAAGCAGGAUUGGUUCUCCACCACCAGAAUAGUUGCAAACUGCCUCAGUACAUUUUGUACUGUGUUCUACCGCACUAAGGAUGGCAUCGUUAAAUUAAUGAUGGGAACCACUUUCUUAGUGCCGUUAUCACUUGUUAUAAUAUCUGUAGUAAUAGGGUUUAUUUUCAUGUGUGAAAAUUAAAAUAAUUUUUUAUCU